GACAAACCAAAACUAUUUUCUAAUGGGCCAACCCAAACUUGUUAAAGCCCAAACAAGAGUGACUCAUCAAGCCCUAAAGCCGAGCUAGGUUUCACAUAGUUGUGGUAUAAAAAGCUCCUUCUUCGUCUUCGCGAUCGAAACACACUCGUCUUUUGUUUGUGCAGCAGCCAUGGUGCAAGUCAGAUUCUACCGCAACUAUGGGAAAACAUUCAAGAAGCCACGUCGUCCUUACGAGAAGGAGCGUCUCGAUGCUGAGCUAAAGCUCGUUGGAGAAUACGGUCUCCGUUGUAAGAGAGAGCUGUGGAGGGUUCAAUACGCGCUUAGCCGUAUCCGUAACGCCGCGAGAGAUCUUCUCACCCUCGACGAGAAGAACCCUCGUCGUAUCUUUGAAGGUGAAGCUCUUCUCAGGAGGAUGAACCGUUCUGGGCUUCUUGAUGAGAGCCAGAACAAGCUCGAUUACGUUCUUGCUUUGACUGUUGAGAAUUUCCUUGAACGUCGUCUCCAAACCAUUGUCUUCAAGUCCGGUAUGGCCAAGUCCAUUCACCAUGCUCGUGUCCUUAUCCGACAAAGGCACAUUAGGGUUGGGAGGCAGCUGGUGAACAUUCCAUCUUUCAUGGUGAAAGUAGACUCACAGAAACACAUUGACUUUUCUCUAACCAGUCCAUUUGGUGGUGGUCGACCCGGAAGAGUGAAGAGAAGGAACGAGAGAGCUGGAGCCAAGAAGGCUAGCGGCGGUGGUGAUGGAGAUGAGGAUGAUGAAGAGUGAAAGUACCUAAACCCUACCCUUUAUUAGAUAAAUCACUACCUAAAACCUACCAAGAUGGUAUUAAGUUAUUUAAUAAUCUAUUGCUCUUGUCACUUUCUUUUUUGAGAUGUUUGGUUUAUGAAGUUAUCUUUAACUAGUAGAAGAAGUGAAGUGUGCUGGUAUUUUGGUGAUGGAUUUAGUUUUUAUGUUAUUGUGUUUUUGCAAUAAUGCUUUUUUAUAGUGGACCGUUCUGUUCUUGUU